AAAGAAAGGCUGGGCGGCCAGUCGUGUAAGUGCCAGCCAGGCCUACAGCCAGUUCAGUUUAUGGUCAAUUAGAGCACAACUCAUUUGCAUGUGGCUUAGGAAGAGCCAUUGGGAAUGCCUAUGCCUCCGCACGGGCCUGUAUCUGUGGCUGUUGCUGGGGCUGUCACCCAUCGGUUUGGCCAGGGCGUGGCAGUGUUUAUACAAAGAAUUUCCCGUUGACAGAGAGAAGAUCAAGGGCGGCUGGUGGAUUUAUGGUAGCAAUCCAGAGGCAACGAAACGUUGCUACCUCAACGAGCUGGAUCUCUAUUGGACACGCAUCACCAUGACGGACUACGAUAAUUAUGCUGUGGAGCUUUACUGCUCUUUGCCCUGGUUCCGUCAUCGCCUGGCCAUCUACACCCGAGCCAAGGAACCCACACAGGAGACCCUGAAAGCAGUCGAUAGUUACCUGCAGACGGUUCAUCUAUUGUUGCACAACUUUACGCUGGUGGAGAAGGCGAAAAACUGUGAGAAUGAGCAGCAAAAACCCUGGCAGCAUUGGCAUUUGUCCAAGUAUCUGCAUUUGGAAUACCAUCCGCAUUAUAUUAAGCCUCUGGUCGAUAACGAAAAUAUUUAAAGCAAUCGCGAGAGUCAUUCGCUGACUCCUCUCUUGUGGCGCAACUUUCUUUAGCCAGAAAUUUAC